AGCAUAUAUAUCCAAAUGUGCAGCUAGCUAGCUAUUAAGUGUUCUUCCAAUAAGGCAAACACACAUAUUUUUUGUUAAUAUAUUUUGUGUCUCCUCAUAUAUAAUUUGUAGCAGUAGUGAUCGAUCAGUGUGGUGGAGCUAGCUAGGAUGGCGGCAUGGAGCGAUAGCGACAACCAGAGGUUCGAGCGCGCGCUGGCCACGUACGACGGCGACACUCCCGGGCGGUGGGAGCUGGUCGCGGCGGCGGUCGGCGGCGGCAAGACGGCCGACGACGUCAGGCGCCACUACGAGCGCCUCGAGGCCGACCUCCACCGCAUCGAGUCCGAGUCGGGACCACACCGCCACCACGACGACGCUACCCAAUCCAAUGGCCACCACACCAAUAAUACAGGCAAGCGGGCCUAGAUCGUGAUGAUCGAUGUCGCGACGACGAGAUAUGAUGAUCGAUGCAAAUUAAUUAAGCGCAUGUGUGCAUGCAUGCUGCCAUGGUCAUAUAUAUAUAUAGUGAAUAGAUAAAUAAAUAUAUGAUCGGUCAUACAUACAUAUAUGGCCGACCAGAGCAGAGCUAUAUAGCGAGCGAUCCAUGCAUGCAUCUUGGCAUAGAUUAAGAUUGUGCCGGUGUGUUUGUUUUAAUUAUACAUUAAGCAUGCAUUUGGGAUGUAAAUAUGUAUUGCCUAUUUGCCUUGCAGCGAGCGAGCGCGCGUACGUACGGGAUGUGAUUGCUGCAUGCGCAGCUCUCCAUAUAUACAUGUAUGGAGAGCAUAUAUGUAUGUAUGUAUUCAUGAGUGACAACCAGCUUAA